AUGAAACUUCUAUCUUUGCUUCAAGCAGGCUUGUUGACUACCGGAGUAGUGUCGCAAAAAGUCGCCUUCGUUGGUACCUAUUCCAACGCCAUCACAAGUCUCAGCUUCGAUACGGAAAGUGGCGAGCUGAAAGUAGCGGGGAACAACUCUGGCUCUAACGCUCCAUCAUGGCAAGAAAUCUCUAAAGAUGGGAAGUUGUUGUAUACCAUCGAGGAAACGUCGGCCCAGAAUAGCUCAAGAGGUGCUUUGACGAGUUACUCUAUUUCUCAGGAUGGGAAGCUCAAGAAGCUGAGCUCUGCCCUGGGACUGGCAAGCCCUGUCUCCCUGAGCAUCAGUCCGGACCAGUCGAUAAUCAUCACUGCUAACUACGGCGCUGCUGGUGCUUCAGCAUACUCUGCAAACAAAGACACUGGAGAAGUCAAGCUGCUUGGAGAUUUCAUGUUCAAACUAGAUAAGACAGGACCAGUGCCUGAUCGUCAGGACGCUCCUCAUCCGCACCAAGCACUCUUCGAGCCAAAAGGCGAAUAUGUCCUCAUGCCCGAUCUAGGCGCAGACUUGAUCCGCGUCCUCAAGAUCGAAAAGGGGCCGAAAUUCACCGUUGCUCCUCCUGCCAAAAUCAAAGCCGGCACUGGACCUCGACAUGGUGUCCUCUACCCGGCCACGGACAAGCCGAAGUUCUACUACGUUGUUGGCGAGCUUUCCAAUACCGUUACCGCAUUCUCCAUGGAAUAUACGAAUGAAACCAUCAAGUUGACCGAGGUACAAACCAUCUCGACGCUUCCAGAAGGCAAGACCGGAGCCGCUGGUGAAAUCAUCCUCUCGCCUUCUGGCAAAUACCUGUAUGUGUCGAAUAGGCUCGACAAGGUCUUUCCAGAUGCUAGCUCUGUUGCUCAAUACUCCAUUGAUGAGAAGUCCGGCAAGCUGAAGCUGCUUGAGAUCUUUAACGGCGGUGUCGAAAAUAUCCGACACAUGACUAUCCAUCCUAGCGGGAAAUGGUUUGUGACCGAGGGUCAAGACUCGGGCACCAUCAAGGUGUUCACCCUUGAUCCUGAAUCUGGAAAGGUGAACACCGAGGCCAAGUCGACGCUGAACAUCCAGAAGCCUGUUUGCCUACAGUGGUGGAACAAUGGCGCAGAAGAAGACUCCGAGGCCGAAUGUGAGCUUGCCGACUAG